AUGCUCCUGCUUGCCUUUAACAAAUGGGUUGUAGUGAUCGUAAAGCACCAGGGCAAGCGCCACGAAGUAGAUCUCGAUCCGACUACCAACGGGGAGACCUUCAAAUUCCAGUUGUAUUCACUUACCGGAGUCGAACCGGAGCGCCAGAAGGUUCUUGUGAAGGGAGUCCAGCUUAAAGAUAACACCGAACUCUCCACUCUCGAUGCUAAACCAGGGGAAACUUUCAUGCUGCUGGGUACCCCAAGUUCCGGUCGUGCCAGUGCCGCUCUGGAGAAACCUAAGGUGGCCACCAAGUUUAUUGAAGAUAUGACGGAAGCUGAAGCCGCGAAAUCUGAGGGCGCAACCCCUGCCGGUCUAAAAAACAUGGGCAACACAUGCUGGCUAAACUCCACACUCCAGACAUUACGGACCCUCCCAGAACUUCAGGAAGAGCUCUUGAAAUACAAGUCCUCGCUCGGGCCGUUUAAUUCCGGCAGAGGUUCUUCCUUCGAUCUUGUCGCUUCGUUGAGAGACCUCUAUAAGCAGAUGUCUGAAACGCGGUACGGGCUUUCGCCGGACAUAUUUUGGAAUGCUCUAGCAUUUGCUAUUCCACAUCUCGUACGGAAAGCGAAGGACGGUCGCGGAUAUGAACAACAAGACGCGGAAGAGGCCUGGUCCGAGAUUAUAUCCAUACUUCGCCGGAGUCUCCAGAUCCAGGGCGAGAACAACGAUGAAUUAUCAGCAAAAGUGUCCUUCGUGGACAAAUAUCUCUCUGGAAAGUUGGAAUCGGUUGACGAAUGUGACGAAGUGGCGGCAAAGGAAGCUGGAGAAACACCUACUGAAUCAUCUGACACCUUUCUUAAACUUGACUGCCAUAUCGACCAGACUAUAAAUCAUCUGCGAGAUGGAAUUUUGGCGGGCCUACAAGAUAAGAUUGAAAAGCAUUCACCCACUCUCGACAGGGACGCUAUGUAUACGAAACGCUCACUGAUCUCUCGAUUACCUAAAUACCUGACAGUUCAUUUUAUGCGCUUCUUCUGGAAACGGGAUAUACAAAAGAAGGUGAAAAUCAUGCGCAAAGUGACAUUUCCUGCAGAGUUGGACGUAGUGGAAUUCUGUACUGAUGAGCUGAAAAGCCAGCUCAUCCCUGUGAGGGACAAGAUCAGAGAGAUUCGGAAAGAUGAACAUGAUAUGGAACGAGCUCGCAAACGCCAGAAGAUUGCGCAUAAGCAAGAAGAGGACCGGAAGGCUGAUGCUUUAAUGAGUGAGCCCGUCCAAAAGAAGCAAAUGACCGAGUCAAGGGCCGAAGCAGAAGCAAGCACCGAUGUGCCGAUGGAAGGUACCUUCAAAACAGAUGCCGAGUAUGAAUCUGAGCGUGCCGCUGCGGUUCUGGCAGCGAAGAAAGAACUGUUCGAACUUAUUGACCCUAAGCUUGCGGCUGAUGAUGGGGCCAAUAAGUCUGGACUUUACGAACUGCGGGGAGUAAUUACACACCAGGGCCCUAGUGCCGACAGUGGUCACUACACCACCUUUGUGAGGAAGCAAGCACGGAUCGUCGAUGAUCCUCAUGUCCCACGGGGCAGGAGGCGGGAGGACGAUGGGAAGUGGUGGUGGUUCAAUGAUGACAAAGUUUCGGAGGUCGAGGCGGAGAAGAUUGAAACGCUAUCAGGAGGCGGUGAAUCACAUUCUGCAUUGAUUUUGUUAUACCGAGCAAUCGAUUUGCCAACCGCAGAAGAAGUUAAAGAUGUGCCCAAAGAAGAAUAA